ACAUGGCGCAGAUAAGUUACACGGAUCAUAUGGCUAUAUCAAGAACAUGAAUGUCGAAGACCUUUGACUCUUAUUGUUUGUUAAGAAAGAAAACCAUAACACACUUGAUUAAUAGUGCUCCCUCUUUGUGCAUCAUUGCGUGAGAUAUUCAAUACUGCUCAUGAUUUGUAUUUAUAGUUCCUGUAGAACGCUUUCAAAACGCUGGAAACUACUCAACUGUUGAGGACUUCUUCAAGAAAUUUUCUUUUAAAAGGUAAGCUAAAUACGAUUUUUUUUUUAGAAAUUAGUGUCCUCAUGCACCCAUGAAUGUCACAAAGGAGAGUAUCAUAAUCAGAUGAAUGUUCAUGAUGCGUAGUCUGACUAAAUAAACCCAUGGUCUGUCGAAUCGACGCCGAUGUAUAGUCUAUUACAUUUUUGGUUUAUAUGUUAAAACACCACCUAUUUGGUUUUUGACUUACACCAGAAAGGUAUUUAUAUGCCUAUACAUCAAUAAGUGUUAUAUUGUAUGUGUAUAUUGUAUGUGAUUACAUCUAGGCCGACCUUUGGCGUCAUUGAUCAUUGGAAGGCCACAACCAAGGAUUGAACCUCGAACCUCGGCAUCAAAUUUGUAACAUCCCCAUCAAGCAGACAUCACAACGCCCUUUCUAAUUCUAUGGUAUAGAAUUCUAUACAAUACAAUCGAAAGUUAGUAGCCAAAAUGAAUCGACACUGUUCUGUGUCUUGUCUUACUAUUAGAAUCAUCAACAUGAAUGGCGAGAUGCUUCUCAUUAUCUUGCUGCUAUGUGGGGCAGCGAAAGUGCAUAGCCAUCCCAUGUAUCGCGAGACCAACUCGACCUACAUGACCAAGAGAAAUGAGUUCUUAAAGCAGGAAGCCGGUGUCGUCGUUGGUUCAAGUAUCGUGCUUAACGAGAAAGAAAAGAGGCUGAAUGAUUAUCUACUGAGUGCCAAGAAAGGCGAGGUCUCACGAGGUUUCAAAACAACGUUUCCACCAGCCGUGAACUUUUUAAAGGGAAAACCCCUUGUUGAGAACAGCACGGUCUUCCAAAUCAUCAGACGAAUGCCGAAAGGUGGUAUUCUCCAUAUCCACGAAAUUUCCAUGGCCAAUGCUAGCUGGGUGGUACAAAACAUCACAUACCUUCCGCACCUAUACUACUGUGUUACCGACGAUUACUAUUCGUCCCUGCACUUCAACUUUUCGGCCACGCCCCCGUCUCAGAGCCCGCCAGAUUGCGUCACAGAGUGGAUGUCUGUUGCCAGCGCGCGUGCGCAGAUGGGUGCCGAACUUUUCGAUCAAAUGUUACAUCACAACAUCACAAUGGCUGCUCAAAAUCCCGACGCAGCCUAUCCCAAUAUUACAAUGGCUUGGAUGGGGUUCAGUAGUGCUCUACACUCCCUAACCGAACUCUUCUUCACAACUUCGGCUUUUCGGUUAUUUAUGUGGCACAGUCUGGAACGGAUGAUCCGGGACAAUGUUCAAUACGUCGAGAUCCGAACCCUCUUAUAUCCGCUUCAAGAUCUGGAUGGCUCGAUUUCCACACAGGAACACACUCUCCAGGAAUACAUUAGGGUACUACAGGAUUUCAAGAACCAGUAUCCAGAUGACUUUUUGGGAGGAAAAAUCAUACUUUCUUCACUUAGAUACCCUAUCAACAGAACUCUAGUCGGAGAUCAACUUAAUCUCGCAAUGGACUUCCGGAAGAAGUACCCAGAAUUCUUUGCGGGAUAUGAUCUAGUAGGAGAGGAAGACAGCGGAGGACCUUUGAUAGCUUACAUCAAUGAGCUUCUAACCCCGUCACAGCUUGGAGUGGAUCUACCCUUCUUUUUUCAUGCUGGAGAAACAGAUUGGGAAGGAGAAUUCGUUGAUAGGAAUCUAAUUGAUGCAGUCCUUCUUAACACCUCUCGCAUUGGGCAUGGAUACGCCAUCAAUAAACAUCCUGUCGUCAUGGAAACGAUCAAGUCGAAGGGUAUCGCGAUUGAGCUCAAUCCCAUAUCGAAUCAGAUUCUCCAUCUCGUACACGACCUACGAGACCACGUUGGAGCCAGCCUCAUCGCUGACGAUUACCCGGUGGUCGUCAGCUCCGAUGACCCCAUCGUUUGGGAGGCUUUACCCCUUUCACACGACUACUACAUGGCUUUCAUGGCUAUGUCUGGAGAGAGCACUGGUUUAACCCUUCUUAAACAGCUCGCCAUGAACACCAUUAAAUAUAGUGCAAUGACCCAAGCAGAGAAAUCAGCAGCUUUGAGUUUAUGGCAGGCCAAAUGGGACAGCUUUAUCACCGAGAUGAUCGCAAUGUACAUCAUUAGAAGAAGUCCUAUUGAUGAACAAAACAAUGUCAUGAAAUCAAAUGGCUGAUCGAAGAUAGUAGCAAUAGAUAAUUUAUUGUCUAUCAUUUUAGUCUUUAUUUGUAUGAAAAUCCGGGGACGGUUUCAUGAGAUUUAUGACCACAAACAUUUGAAUGUUUAUCUUUCCUGAAAGUUGCUAUCGUAGCAAUCAGCUUCAGAGGUCAGUGCUUCAGCAGCCAAUCAACCAGUCGUUCAGUCAACGCUGACAGUUGUUGGGGGACAAAUGUUUAUGACCAUUAUUAGAUCAACGUGAUUCAUAUUUACGUUUCAAAUUUAAACUCCGGGAUUAUGGCACGAUGUGUUGGCGUAAAUGCAGUUAAUUAUGAUGAAACGCAAAUCUCAUGUCUGUUUGUGCUUAGAUUGAAAGGUUUGUUUUCAUGUCGUUGUGUUUGAACUUAACCAUUUGUUCAACUGUGCCCCGUUAGGGUUGUCUGAUAGAGGUUGAAGGUAAUUGAUAGUGACUGCACUUUAAAAAUCCAAAGAAAUGCAGACAAAUAAAUAAAUUAUGUAGAAGCCCAAAUCUUAAUCUAUGCUAAAUAAAUAAUUUUAUUUAAAAACACCGUUUAUUAUGUGUAUCAUUCUUAUCUUCAGGUGCCUAUCCUACUCAGCUACGACUCUUCUUCCUCCUUCUCUCAUCCUCACAAUAGCAAAUGUAAUGAAAGAUCGAAGCCAUUGAUUGCAGUGGAAUUUAUUUUUUUUAUUCUUAACAUUGCAGUGUAUUGAUUAAUGCUUCUAUGAUUAAGCCAUUAAGAUAUUGGAUUUAAUCAAAGCAAGAUCACAUGCUACAAGCUUUUAAGUAAGUUAUACAAUAAGUACAUUGGUUUUAUCCUAUUCUUAUCAUAAAUGGUAACAUACUAGGUUAAGGACUAACAAGGAUUUAAAACUAUACGUUAAAAAUACGGUCAAUCUAUAUCUACUUAAUAUAAGUUCUUCAGGCUUAAUCUUUCUAGAAUGCAUUGACAUGUGAUAUGAAUUAUAUCUUCUUUUUUUUUGCAAUCAUGACAAUAAAUUAAUCAGGAAAACCAGGAAUGCAAAUCAAAGUUGCAUUGUGUUGUUUAUCUGUUUUUACAUUGUAUUCCGUCUUGUGUUACAAUAGCAAUACGUCGAAAUGCAGCACCAUGCUUAUAUUUUGUAUAUAAAAUUGAAAGUUAUAUAAAAACCUAGUACAAUUAACAUUAUAAAGCAUGGUAAGCAGUCAUACAGUUAUAUUUGAAGCUUUGCCAGAAGAAGAAUAUGAAACAGGCUAAAUGUAUAUGCAUUGUGUUUGCGAUGAUAAUGGUAACAUAUUCAUACUUUAUAAUCAUAAAGACAUUAAGGUUAUCCUAUGUUCACUAAUUGCAAGUCAUUAUACAGCUAAUUGCAUGAAAAUCGCGAACCAAAUACAAAAGAAGCAAAAAGUUCCUAACGUGGCUACUUACACUUCACAGAUACUCUCAUUAUUUGGUCACAAUCAGAAUAAAACAAUAGGUACACAUUUCAAGAGGUUCAAGUUAAUCAAAGCCAGAUCAUGAUUAUGAUACAGACUUCUUAGUAAGUUCUACACUGAGUUCAUUAUACUUAUUCUUUUCCUAAACAUAUUGAAAUCGCAAACAUAAACGGUAUAGACUAACGAGCAUUGAAAAUUAUAAGUUAAAAAUGCGGUCAUAUAGUAUAUACAUCAUUAACAUUUUAGAUUUAUCUAAAGUAAAGCAAUAUCAUCAUGUUCAAAGCUUCUGACUAGAUAUUCUCCAGGCUAAAUAUAUAUAUUUUUUUAAUUCGUAAGUAUAUGACAUGAUUAAAUUUCAUG